AUGUCGAUCAACAAUACUUCAAUCAAAUUUCAAUUACCAUCAUUUGACAAAAUUUCGGCUAUUACACAAAAUCUUUCCUUAUAUGGUUUCCUUUUCUUAUUUAUCUUUGGUUUUGUCGGAAAUAUUAGUAGUCUAUUUAUGUUUAGUAGAACAAGUUUAAGAAAAGCUUCUACUUCUCUUCUCUUCAUAUUUCUUGCACUUUCCGAUAUCGGUUAUCUUUUAACAUGUAUCUACGAAUUUAUCUAUUAUGGUUUCAAUAUUAAAGAUCCAAAUGCUGAUAGAAAUCGUAUUAGUGCUCUCUGCCGUUUUCGUUCGUAUUUUCAAACAACGUUCAUGUGUUUAUCAUCGUGGCUUCUAGUCGCAAUAUCAGCCGAUCGUUCAAUACGAAUUAUGUUUCCUUUCAAAGUCAAAACUCUAUGUACACGACGUCAUGCAACAUAUGUUGCUACAAUAAUUCUUCUAACUUUCCUCGCUCUUAAUGCUCAUCAUUUGACAGAAGGAUUCGGAACAAAUCAAGGUCAAUUUGUCUUUUGUUAUGCAGACUUUCGAAAUACUCAAUACCUUUAUUUCUAUGGUUAUCAAUGGCCUAUAAUUCUAUCAGUUUUUCAAAUCUUCUUGCCUGCUUUAUGCAUCCUUUUAUUCUCAUUUCUAAUCUAUAAAAAUCGUCAACGCGCAUCUACUGUUAUUAUCAGCGUACAUCGAAGAUUUUUGGAAGUUCAAUUAUUAAGAUUGAUGAUCUCAAGUAGUCUUCUAUUUCUUCUGACAACGUUUCCAUUAGGUUUAUGGAAUACAAUUGGACCAAGAUUUUUAACUUUUGUAACAAUUGAACAAAUACAUACAUAUAUUUCAAUACUCUAUUUUAUUCAAUCAAUUAAUUAUUCAAUCAAUUUCUAUGUUUACGUUUGUUCAAGUAAAUUUUUUAGAAAAAGAUUUUUACGAAUAUUACAUUUCAAUUUUGGUCAAAAAAUACAUCCAGUUGUACAGGUUAAGCCGAUUGCAAAAGCAGGACUAGAUAGACAAAUAAUGGCUAGUGAACUCAAUCAAUUGCAAAAAUGA